GGGCGGGGCCAGGCACAGGCGUCACCUGGGCCGCGGGUGUCCCGCAGGUGUGUGGGAGCCGGUCCUCCAAGCGCAUCUCCAAACUGGCCUAUCACCGGGGAGUUGUCAUCGUGACCUGCCCCGGCUGCCAGAAGCACCAUGUCAUCGCCGACAACCUGGGCUGGUUCUCAGACCUGGACGGGAAGAGGAACGUUGAAGAAAUCCUGGCGGCCAGAGGGGAGAAGGUGUGCCGAGUGGCUGGUGAGGGGGCCCUAGAGCUGGUUUUAGAGGUUGCCGGGAACCCCAAAUCCACCACUGCUCCAGAAGGGGGCGAGGGCCAGGACCCCACUCAUCCUGGCAAGACGGAGCCCAGCUGACUCUGUCUCUGCCUUCCAGAAGAUGCUUCGGCCCUUCCGGGCUGGCCUGUCUUCUAUCAAUAAACACAUCACUCGGA